UGAGAAGAAACGAAACUUAGGCUACUGUACUAGUAUUCCAGAGUGACGAUACUGAUCCUUUCGCUUCAUAUAGGGACGCCAACUGGUACUGUUGUUGUAAAUGUGUCAACUUCCGUAGGCUACUUUAUACUUAUGCUUAAUACUAACAAUUAUUGUACCUGGGCAGGGAACGCGCGUAAUAUUAACAAAUAUUAUAGCUGAGCAGGUAACGCGCAUGGUGUGACAGCAGGCCAGCACACAAGGUGUUCAUUAUCAGUGUGGCCACCUGAGCAUUGUUGCUUUAUGUGCUGGUGCAACUUUACAACUAUUGAAAUGAGCUCCAUUUUAACCAAACUACUUCAACUGGAGUGCCGCUUCACCUGGGAUUUGAGGCAAGAUGACAUGGAUAUUGAUAAUCUACAGACCAGGCUCAAGGACCAGAUUGAGUUAGGUCUCGGGAAAGAGGCAGGGGUUGCACGGACAUUCAGCAAUCUGGCCUACAUCAAAUACCUGAAGGGUUACCCAGAAGAGGCAAUGGCUAACUUGUUAAAGGCUGAGGAGCUCACGAGAGAGUACCAUGGUGAGGACUGUGAGAAACAUCUCAUUGUCCCCUAUGGAGACCUUUCCUGGUUACAUUACCAUGUGGGUGAUUACAUCAAGUGCCAGAGUUACUUAGAGAAACUGGAGGAGAUGAAAGAGAAGUUUCCAACUAGUUCCACAUCUGUCCUCCAUCCUGAGGUCUAUGGUGAGAAGGGUUGGACCUUCCUCAAGUUCUCCUAUAAAUACUAUGACAAAGCACUAGAAUGCUUCAAGAAAGCUCUUGAGCUGGAGUUUGAGGAGAGAGAGUGGAAUGCAGGUUACGCCAUUGCAUUGUAUCGUACAGAAAAAGAGCUCUCAAGUGUUAAUGACUCACCAGCUAUUAAACAACUGAGACGUGCCAUAGAGAUUAACCCACAAGACGCGGUCCUCAUGGUCCUUCUGGGCCUGAAACUGGCUGUCUAUAAAAUAUUUGGGGAGGCAGAGGAGUUGGUGGAGAAAGCUCUGGAUAUGUCCCCAGACUGUCCGCACGUGACACGUUAUGUAGGGAAGUUUCUCCGACAGCAGGGGCACGUUGACAAGUCCAUUGCUCUGUUGCACAGAGCACUAAAGCGUACAAGCCAGUCUGCCAUAAUACACCAUCAAUUGGCUCUCUGCUACAAGAGGAAAAAGAUCUCAGUAUGCAAGAGUGGAAGCUUUCAUGGUAAGGGGGCUGAGAUCCAGCAGCUACUCCGUAAGUGCAUUCAACAUCUGGAGAUGGCUACUUCACUGAAGCCUUCCUUCAUCUAUGCCAUGGCUGAGCUGGCACUGCUCUACGGAGAGGAUAAAGACAUCACCAAGGCAGAGGAACUGUUCAAGAAAACCUUUGAGAAAGCCCUAGCUAAGAAUGACAGUCUGCAGGUGGUCAACUUCAACUAUGGCCAGUUCCAGCAGUAUCACAACAAAUGUGAACCUCUGGCUAUCAAGCACUACACAGAAGGUUUGGAACUACAGAAAGACACUGCUGAUGGGAAGAGUUGUGCCCAGAAACUAAAGAUGAUCGCAGAGAGGCGCAUCUCCCAAGACCCCAUGGAUGGAGAGGCCUGUGGUAUUCUGGGGUUUGUCUAUAGAAUGCAGGGGAAGAAAGAACAGGCCGUACAGUGGUAUGAUAAGGCUGUUGUGCAUGAUUGCAAUGACAAAUACCUCUCUGCACUCUGUGAACUUCGCCUGUCUCUUCAGCAAUAAUACUCCGGAGUCAAACAUGAAUCUGCACUCUGUAAUCUAGCAAUAAAGCCUGAAAGUGUGCAUGCCUCCACUUAAAUCUUUGUUAGACUUAGUUUAAAUUCUCCCUGAUUCAAGAUUGAUAUGAUUUAGCAUAGUAACAAAAAAAAUGAAUUGAUAUGUUUGUUUGUGGAAAUAUGGUUUGGGUCAUUUGAAGAUAUAGUUAUGAAAUUGAAAUAUAUUAUUGUAUUCUACAUGCGCUUUUAGGUUUACAGGAAUUUACUGCACUUUUAUUCACAACACACUGUUGUUUAUUUUUGCAUUUUCCGAUUAAGAACAUUCAAAACAAAAAUGUAUCUUCAACAUCUUGGACAACAAUAUAACAAAGUGACAAUAACCUUUCAAGACGACAGACAAGAAUGUGGGUGAAAUAUAUAUUUUUUAAAGAAUAAGACAUUGGCCGUAAGCUUCCUAUUAUACAUUAAGUGUGAAACAUUACGUGAGGAAUAUAUAGAGAUGCAAUCAAAUGUGAUGUAAGGGGAGAUUUUCCAUAUAAACAAUUAAAGGUU